GGAGGAGGUGGAGAUCGGCGACGUUCUUUCCGAAUAUUGUUGUUGUUGUCAACUGCGUCACCCCCUCUUUAACUAUGACAAUUAUUUGAGGAAGAAAUAGCGAAAUUGGGGGAGAAUUUCGAGAUUUACGAUGGUGUGUAUAAUUUUAAAGCCAUUUCUUUGCAUAUUUUUCUUUAAAAUGGGAGGUAUGUGAUAUUUAGACCCGUUUGUAGGAUUAAGUUGACGAAGACCAUGGAAGACUUCCUGACUGCCACUGCUACCUACCUAGGCUACUAACCUAUUCUUGGCACUACUUGGUAUGGCUCAAACAGUAAUUUGACAUCAUCUGAUUCGACACCAAGCUCAGAAAACACCAAUGAUUCUGGUCCUGUCACAGAUUCUUCACCUCUUUCAAGUCCUCUGACUGCCCUUGGAUUUUCACAGAACACAGGAAACAACAACACUUGCUUGUAUAGAAUGCCCAUUGUUGGUUAUGAAGUUCUGGAGGAGAGGUCACGGUUCACAGUUUUUAAAAUACAAGUUAUGCAUCGACCCUCUGGUGAUCAGUGGUUUGUCUUUCGCCGCUAUACGGACUUUGUGAGAUUGAACAAGAGACUACGAUCUGAGUUCCCUGGCUUGAGAUUUGCUCUGCCUCCUAAAAGGUGGUUUGGUGAUAACUUUGACCCAAUCUUCCUUGAAGACCGGCAACUAGGACUGCAGGCAUUUAUUGAUAAUAUCAUUGGGCAUGCAAAAAUCCGUGAAAAGAAGUGUGUUCGAGACUUCUUUUGUUUAGAUGAUCCUCCAGGGGCUCAUGACACCCUGGAGGAAAGUCGGGCUAUGUGCCAAAGUCUAGAGGAAAAUAUAGUGGAUCUACAGGAGCAGCUGCGAGAUAGGGAUGGUGAGAUUGCAGUUCUUAAAUCACAAGUAAAUUUUUUGAUGGCGCAGCAACACACACUUGUGAAAGCACUCAGGCUUGAGUGUGAAUUGCAGGAAAAUGAAAUCCACAGUCCAGGCUCGACACAUGAUCUUAACAUGGCAUUACUAAGCAUAUGCGAGAAGACCUUGAACGGAGGUUUCCCUAGUUCUAGCCAAUUAUCUUCAAUCAGAAAUAGAGAGAGUACAUCAUCAGUAGUGAACUUGCCUCCUGGAAAUGGAAGUAAACCUCGGGCAACAUCAAUGAUCGACUCGCCAGUUCGCAAAGCUUUAGAGAAGGUUUUCAUUCCUCGUAGUGAUUCUCAUCCUGCCUUAACCACACCAGCCCAAGUGACCUCAACUUCAGUUGUCAAUGGUAGUGAACCAUCAGACACUAGCCGAGGGGAUUCACAAGAUCGAUGAAGUAAAAUGAAAUUGCUUGAAAUGUUGAAGAGGUGAAAUUUAUCUUGUAAGAUAUUAACUCUUGAAUAUUAUUAUGAUGCCAUGUAUAUAGGUGGUAAGUCAUACUUUUAAUAAUAAUAUUUGUAUACAAAUUAUUUGUAUCCCCCCAUAUAAUUGCUAACCUGAUGUCAUAUGCAUUCUUGAUUGUGAGAUUUAUCAUUUUUCAUGACCUUCCUUAUGAUAUGUGAACCUCACUUGUUUUUAACACUUUAGAAGACCCUGAAAUAGUUUAUAGAAGGCAUUAAGAAAGAAAAGGAUUGACACCUUCCUAAUAAUUGAGAUUAUCUGAUAUCUCCUUUCCUACCUAUACAGAAUUACCAUUUUGUGAACAGUAUAGGCAAGGUUAAGUUGUUUGAAGGUCAGCCUUGUCAAUUUAUCAUAAUAAAAUAAAACUGCUGGUUGUUUUAUGCCCGUUGUGAAAGAAAGAGUGCAUUGAAGCAAUAAGAAUGCUUGUUUCAGUGUGGAGUGUGGUUUAUUCCAUUACAUACUGUCAGUUACAUAUUUACAGUUAGAUUAGGUAGUUUUCAGUGUUUUAUAUAGUAAAAGGAAGGUUCAAGUAUCCACUGGUAACAUGGUUGAACGUUCGUUAGCUAACAGUCGAUCCUAAAACAGUUCCUUGAUAGUACAGUAGUUGCCUUGUUGAAUAUUGCCUUGAACUUUGUCAUUGGAGGUAGUAGUCAGAAAAUAGUUGAGUUGCACUUUGGAAACAAAGGCUGUCUUAUUAGCUUUACGGACAAUAUUGAUUGUGUUUCUAAAGGAAGCAAUAUUGGGCUCAUUUUGAUCAUUCAUUUUAGUUUAGAUAUAUUGUAUUAAUUUGUUGUUUCAGUAUAUUAAUUUUUGUUUCUUUGUGAUGCUGUUAAAAUCCUAUUUUCAAGACAAGGAUUCAUAUAUGAGUGUACAGGCCAGUGUUAAUUAGGAUGAAAUUGUCACCUUUGGUAUUUUUAGUAACUUAGGAUUUUGCAACCUGUACUGGAGGCUUACUAGAAAUUCAUAGAAUAUUAGAAGUUGAAAAACAAAAUGUCUCUAAAUCUUAUGCAGAAAUUAAGGUUGUACUCUACAAGAAUGAUAAGCCUUAAUCUGACUAAUAGCAGGAUUACAUAGGCUGUAUAUUAAGAGACAAGACCUGUUCACUAGUAUGUGCUGGUAUUGCACACAUGCUUCUAUUGCAGUAGCUUAUGAACACUGAUUCAUGUGAAUCCAAGGUGCUAUGAUCCUAAUAAUGUGGUUAUUAGCUGAGGUUAGCCCUCUGAAUUUCAUCUGUUAAAAUUAUUCAGGAUAGGAUUUACCAUUUUUGGGUUGCUCCAUGUUGUCAUUUUUUGCCAUUGUACUUCAACAGUAGUCUUGCAUUUUUGCAUUAUAGUGCUAGAGCUAUGAGUUAUAUCAAUUUAAUGCCAGUAUAUGUUGUGAUUGUGCCCCACGUCUCUCAUAUGAUUAUAAUGCCUAUUAUUUUCGGUUGUUUCCCCUGCUGUACCUGUACUCUUUGCAGGGAUGAAUUUUGAAUGCCAAAUUAAAUUUUUUUUUUUUUUGUUUAAAUGGCUUACCUGUUUUAUUUUUUCUCAAGUACGUAAUCAAGUUUAAUAUACAUCUAAAAGCCUUCUCCAGUGUUCAAUGAGAAUUAAUGGUUUUUAUGGCAUUCUUACAUUGUUUUGAUUUGGUAGUUUUCAUAGGUUGAAAUAUAGUUAAGAUUUUCUUAUUGUUACGUGAAUAUACCUGGACGAGUUUCUAGUCGUCUUUGAAAUCUGAGCAUAUUUAGCAAUCCAGUGUAUAAUAAGCUAGUCUGAUAAUACUUCGUAGUUGUGAUUUUAAAGGGCAAUAGUUGGAGUAUCACCCUGGAAGGGUACUUGACUGCAGGUAUGUUACAGGUCUUUUUUUUAGUACAGUAACUUAGUUUAGGUGACUCAAAGCUUUAAUCAUAGACCAAGGUUUAGAUACAGUUGAAAAUGUGCUGUUAAAGGACUAUAUCUCAAAAUGCAUUUUAUGUAGUAUAUGAUGCUAUUAAGUUAGUAAGCUGUAAAGAAUAGUUGAUAGAUUCGAAUGACUGUAAUUUGAUUGCUUGGCUUGUUAGUUUGCACAAAGGUGAAGCUUUACUGAUGCUGCAAUGAGUUCUCAAUGCUGGUCUAGAUCGUUUGAAACGAAGUAGUGAAGGAAUCUGUUAUCAUGUUACAUUCUUUGUACUUAUGGAUACUUCUUGAAAUUUUUAUCUUUGUUUUUUAACAGAUCUCUUUAAGAAUGUUUGGUGAUAAAGUUUAUUUUAAAAAUUUCUUACCAUUAAGAAUAGCUUAAGCAAUUACAUUUUUCUGGUACUUUAAGUAUUUUAGAGGUGCUUACUCUAGCCAGUGUCUUUCAGUGACUGGUUAGGGGUAUUACAUAGCUUGGAGUUAAACUUUUUAGUAAGCAGUUGUAAAACAGAAAAUAUUGUAUUAUUGGUGCUCUGUUAUGUUUGUUUUUAAUUUUCAAUUACAGAUUAUGAUAUAAGAUUUCUAAAUUUAAGUUUGUAUAUUCUUUUGUUUUUUGUUGUAUAUGUGUAUAUGUAUUAAGGCAGAAAUUUAGGCUAUGAAGCUAGGUCGCUUGACUCAAAUAACCUGCAUUUAAUUUAUGUUUGAGUCUUCCUGUUGUACCUAUUUUUUGCUUGUGACUGUUCACGACAUUUAUUAUAAUAUUAUCAAUCCUUACAUGCAUAGCCCUCAUGGAACUUUUCAUAUGAUGAUGCUAUAUAUAUAUAUAUAUAUAUAUAUAUAUAUAUAUAUAUAUAUAUAUAUA